UAUUACCAAUCACAGCAUCGGUGUCACCCACGCCACCACGUCGACCCUUAUUUUUACCUUUAGGAUUCGAAGAGAGUACGUCCCUAGUGAGAAAACAAAACACAAGCCAAACCCUAGCCUAGCCAAUGUGGUCACAAACCAGACCCUUGUCACAAAAAUGCAGUCUUCCCUUCUUCUCCUUCUCAUUCUCCUCUGCUUUUUCCACCUUCAAAACCCUGAUUAUGAUUCCAAUGAACCCUUCUCACAGAAUCACUAGUAGAACUCUUAGUAGAACCAAAAGCCAAACCUCCAUUAUCUUUUCCUUCUCAAGGUCAUCAACUACAAGGUCACUCUCUCUUCCACCUUCAACAAGAGACCCCAUUGAUGGGAUCCUCACAUUGCAAGAGUGGCAGAAUUGGGGCACUAAUUCCCCUGUUCCUGCUUCUGUCAUUGAUGCCAUUCAUUACUUGAAGGCUUUGGAAACAGAGACUGAUGUUCAGAUGAAUUUUGGUGGCAAUGGUGGUAGACUCACUGGUGAAUUCAAAAUUAAAGAGGAUAAGAAGCAUAGAGCAGCCUAUAAGGCAUUGAGUGAUUCAGAAAUGAAGCUUCAGUUUUUCUCAGCACGACAGAUAGCUUGUCGUUUACUUGGCAGUCGAGGAUACCUUUGUCAGAAGUGUUGGCUUCCAUAUGAAGAAGAUUGCAUGUGCUUGAAAGUCAAACCUAGCCCACUUUGGUAUGGAAUACGAUUUUGGUUGUACAUGCAUCCUAAGGAUUUUUUGCGGCAAAACAACACAGGAAAGGUGUUAUGGCAAGUGUUUGGUGUGCAGGCAGCAACAUUAUGCCUCUAUGGUAUUGCUGAACAUGAAGACAUAAUGUGGAAUGAAUUUAAGAAAGCAGGAAAAAACAUGGUGUGGUGCCUUUAUCCUAGUAAGCCUGGAAUUCCCAAGUCCGUAAAGGAUUACUUCUUAUGUGAUACACCGAGUAUCGAGGAUAGCAAUUUGGACAAGACAAGUGGAGAUAAUAUCUUGAAUUUCAUUCUUAUAGAUGGAACAUGGAGCAAUUCUACGGCAAUGUUCAAGCGUUUAAAGGAUCGAGCAAAACUUGAGUGGGGAGAGGAUGACAUAACUUGCAUAUCGGUUGCAACAGGUGCUUCAGCAAUGCACAGACUUAGGCCCCAACCAUCAUGGGAUCGCACUUGCACAGCAGCAGCAGCUGCUGGCCUUCUUUCUGAAUUGCAGCUUAUUCCUCAAUUCAGUUCAUAUUGUCUUGAUAAACAGGGUGAAGCUAUAGAAGAUACUUUGGAUGUGUUGCUAGAGGCUCUUACUACUCGGCGCCUUCGUAUGGGCAGGUCCAUUACGCGUAAAAUGAGGAGUGGCUAUGUCUGUUAAAAUUGACUAUGCUAUUGACAGCUAUUUCCCAGAAUGUUGCAGGAAUCAUCAUUAGUCAAGGUUCAGAAAGCCAUGAACAAAGAAUUUAAUUGAGUGGUCCUAUGUGCAAAGGUGCGAGGUGGGUGUUGCAGGUUCCUAAGGCAUCCUCAUCCUUGGAAUUGAUCCUCGGAAUUGAGAUUGCAGAAACUCGGAAAAAUGGUGGAAGAUGUAAAUCAAUCAGCACUGAUUUUGCGGAAAAUCAUUUAAAUCUAAUCUUAGUCUUAAAGUCAACUUGAUUUAUUACAAUUGAGAUUUGCUUUUGCUCAUUUUUUUUAGUUUUAGUGUUUUUGUAAUAAUGGAUUAAUGAAUGCAAGCUUUUACUGAUUGUAUAUGAAGUAUAUACUAUACUGGUAUAAAAUAUAAUUUACAUUCAUUAAUUGAUAAAAUGAUUGCGCUAACUAGCAGCAUAUGCUGGAUUUUUAUUUUAAUUGGGCCAACCACGAUGUGUAAGAGCCAAAUGUCAUGAUAGUUACGUUUUGUAACGGGCUAGCAUGGGCAAAUUAUAGGAUGCAACAUGGUGCAUAUAGUUUUAUGUGAACCAUCCAUUAAAAUAUACUCUCUUCUCUUUCCUUCUUUACUUUCCUAAUUUCUGGUUUUUCUCUCUUUUAUUUUCUCUCUCCUCUAUUUUUCUCUCUAUUUUAUUUUUCUUUUUCUUGAAUUCGUUUAUCAUUCUUUUAAUUAAAUUACUUCAUAUUGUUGAUCACUAUAGAGUGAAUUCCUUCAUUACAAUAGAUUAAAUUCAAUUUUUUUUUUCUUCAAGCUUUGAUUUGAAGCGUUGUUAAUGAAGUUUUUACAAUGAAGUAGUGAAGCUAAAAAUAACGUCGUUGUCGAAUAGAAGAUGGUUAAGACAAUGGUGUGAUUAUUUUCCGAUGAGAUUUCAUUAUUUAAAUCACCAUGGCUAGGUUUGAGUUUCGAAUUAUGUAACUUUCAUAUUCUAAUUGCAUAGCAUGU